AUGGCUACUAUCCACCCGUACCUGUCACCCAUAUUUUCUCAACCGGGGCAUGCGGAUGAUCCAGCCUGCUCAGCACGCUUUCAGCCCUCCGGCGGACUGUCCUCUCUCAAGCCUCUCCGCACAGACUCCCCCAACACCAUAUUGAUGUACUACGGAAGCUUUAACCCCCCUCACAUCGGCCACCUGCAUCUCCUCGAGACGGUGCUCGCGUACACGACGGACUUACACGUGGUGGGAACGAUCGUGUGGCCCGUCCCAGACCAUCGUUUGCGCAACAAGCAUCCCGAGGAGCGAGGAAGCAGCCAGGACGGGCCAUGGUUUUCGCAAUCCCAGCGCGCUCAACUCUGGCGGGGCGAUCCGCGUCUGCCUCCGGGGGUCUACGUGGUCGAAUCGGACAUGCUCGACGAUUGCGCCCGGUCGGAUCCGGGCGUGGUAUUCGACUGGAUCGUCGAGGCCGCGGGCUACGAUGGGUACGCGGUUCAGUGGGUGGAUGUGAUGGGGGUGGAUCGGUACGACGAUCGAGGCUCGGGGAAAGACGUAUUCAAGAGUACGGGGAGGAGUUUCAUCGUCAGUGAUACUCGAGGGACGAAGCACCGGGAUUUCGCCCAGGCACGGACACUACAGCCAGCCGUAGGAUGUACACCAUGGCAGCAAAUCCAGCUUCCUUCUUCGGAGGGGAAAAUUGGCAGGGAAGACUCCCAAACACUGGAAGGGCCGGCUCUACAGGACGGUCAAACGACACCCAUAGCUACAGUGUGGCAAUGUCAGUUGAUGGCAAGGCCAACUUGUCAAGCCCGUUUCAUCGCCAUGGAAGGACAGAUUCGCCCAGGCACCUCGUCGACUGAGAUUCGACGAAUGCUGAGGGAAGGUCCACUGCCACAGGUUUCGGACACUUCGAGUCCGCGCCUGCUGAAAGACUUGGUCCUCUCCCCCGAUCUUCUUCUGGAGAAGAUGGUUUGA